UACUCAACAUCACAGUGUUCAUACAGGAGAUGUGCAAUGCAAAUGCAAAGAAUGUGACAAAACUUCUAAUAAAAGCUCCAAUCUUAUUUGUCACCAGUGGACACACCCUGGAGAGAUGCCCCACAUAUGUAAACAAUUUUGCAAAGCUUUUAGUCAAAAACCAAGCCUUAAAAAUCACCAGAGAAUUCAUACAGGAGAGAAGCCCUACAAAUGUAAAGUGUGUGGCAAGAGUUUUAAUACAAACUCAAAUCUUGAUCGCCACAACAGGAUUCAUACGGGAGAGAAGCCCUACAAAUGUAAAGUGUGUGGCAAGAGUUUCAGUCAAAAAUCAUCACUUACUCAGCACCAGCGAAUCCACACUGGAGAGAAGCCCUACAAAUGUAAAGUGUGUGGCAAGAGUUUUAAUACAAACUCAAAUCUUGAUUGCCACAACAGGAUUCAUACGGGAGAGAAGCCCUACAAAUGUACAGUGUGUGACAAAAGUUUUAAUAUAAACUCGAAUCUUGAUCGCCACAACAGGAUUCAUACUGGAGAGAAGCCCUACAAAUGUAAUGUGUGUGGCAAGAGUUUCAGUCAAAAAUCAUCAGUUACUCAGCACCAGCGAAUCCACACUGGAGAGAAGCCCUACAAAUGUAAAGUGUGCGGCAAGAGUUUUUAUAUAACCUCAAAUCUUGAUCGCCACAACAGGAUUCAUACUGGAGAGAAGCCCUACAAAUGUAAAGUGUGUGACAAGAGUUUUAAUCAAUCAUCAUCACUUACUCAGCAUCAGCGAAUCCACACUGGAGAGAAGCCCUACAAAUGUAAAGAAUGUGGCAAAACAUUUAAUCAAAAAAUAUUUCUUACUCAGCACCAGAGAAUCCACACUGGAGAGAAGCCCUACAAAUGUAGAGAAUGUGGCAAAGAUUUUAAUCAACAAUCCUCACUUACCCGACACCAGAGAACCCAUACUAGAGAGAAGUUCUAUAAAUGUGAAGAAUUGCAAAGCUUUUCCAAUUGA